GGGGCUGGUGCUGGAGAGAAAGAUCCGGACGAGAGAUGCCCGAAGGACCAUCUGUGAGGAAAUUUCACCACCUGGUCUCCCCCUUUGUGGGCCAGCAGGUGAUCAAGACCGGGGGCAGCAGUAAGAAGCUCCCCCCUGCCGUCCUUCAGUCUCUGUGGCUCCUCGAUGCCCGGGUGCAUGGAAAGCAGUUAUUCCUUCGAUUUGACCCUAGUGAAGAAGUGGAGCUGCCUGGCAGCCACCUGCUGCCCGAGUCCCUCCAGAAAGGAGCCGAGGAGGAGGGGCCUGAGGACCCCUCGCGGGGCUCGGGGACCGGCAGUCAGCAGCGGCCCUGUGCCGGUGCCUCCGGGUCUGCGGAGCCUGGGACCGGCAGCCCCGAGCGCCCCGGAGGACACGGCCCGGCCCCGGGUGCCCAGAGGUGGCUGCAGCUCAGGUUUGGUUUGUUCGGCAGCGUCCGCGUGAGCAGCUUCUCCAGAGCAAAGAAGGCCAACAAGAGAGGCGACUGGAAGGACCCUGUGCCCAGGUUGGUCCUGCACUUCGGUGGCGGGGGCUUCCUGGCGUUUUACAGUUGCCAGGUGGCUUGGAGCCCUCCCCCGGGGGCCAGCCCCACCUGCGACAUCUUGUCGGAAGUGUUCCAUCGAGGACAGGCCCUGGAGGCUCUGGGGGGGGCCCAGCCCGUGUGUUACACGCUGAUGGACCAGAGGUUCUUCUCAGGGUUAGGGAACAUCAUUAAGAGCGAGGCCUUGCACCGCGCGGGGAUCCACCCCCUCUCUCCCGGGACGCGCCUGGCCCCUGCGCAGUUGGAGGCCCUCGUGGACCAGGUGAUGCAGUUCAGCUCCGAGUGGCUCAGGAACAAGGUGGAGGGCACGCAUUGUCGCCGGCAGAUCUACCUGAAGGAGCAGUGUCCCGCCGGGCACCUGGUCGUGAAGGAGGCACUCGGGCCUCCGGCGGGGUUCCAGAGGGUCACCUGGUGGUGCCCGCAGUGCCAGCCGCUUCCCCCUGAAGAGCCACAGCCGCAGGGGCCCUCCUGAGGCCCUCGAGGACUGGGUGGGACUUGCC